GCAAUAUCGUGAUGAGUAGCAAUAUAAACGUUUCUAGGCCUAAUGGUCUUCAUAUUUCAAAACUGAAAUUCCACAUCUACGCAUUGGGAUGAAACUCGUUCUUUUUAUCUGCGCAGCACUAUGUGUUGUUAGCAUCUAUGCUGAAGACUGUCCCGCUGGCAACGUUCAAGGAGAGUGUACACACAUGACGUGUUCACCUGGCUAUACUUUAUCAUGUGUAGACAAUGUUUGUACUUGUAACCCGGACCAGAAUAGUUCCUGUAACACCCAACAAGACUGUAUCAAUAAUGCAAACCUACCGACCUGCAACAGAGUAUGGCAUUGUGUCGAUAAUUUAUGUCGAUGUGGUGGAAACUGGGGCAAAUAAUGUUACUGCAGUUAGAACUCUAUUGCUUUUAAAAGAAAAAAAGUAUUGAAGCUAUUACAAUAAAACUAUUGUAAGAAAUA